AUAGUGAAUUAGCUCUCAAUGAAACAGUAGGAAUAUAAUCCAAAGCUACAGAUCAACGCUCGUAAAAUACCGUGUGAUAUAUACCUAUUUAAAUGAAAAGAAUACCACAAGCUGCUUCCUACAAUUCAAGCUCUGAAAAUCAUAUUAUAGAGGUCAUUUCUUUCCUCGGGGGAAAAAUGUACAGAAUUUCGGAGGAAAACAUUUCAAUGAGCAUAUUAAAAACUCAGAACCAGAUGCGUUUUGAAUCACACCAUCCAUCCUCUUAGUCAAAGUGUAAACAAGCUUUGGGGCUCACGUGGCUUCCUUCAAGUGGAUUGGCACCGUCCCUGGAAAUUCAUUCUGCAACAGGCGGAGAGAAGAACCAAGGCAAGAUGAAGAAAUUGCUCUUGCUUUUGCUGUCUCUCACCUUGUCGACGCUUUUCUCAGAGGCCUCCCCGAUUCUGAAGGAAAAGCAGGCCAAACAGCUCCUGAGAUCCCGGCGGCAGGACCGGCCUCCGAGCAAACCUGGAUUCCCUGAUGAGCCAAUGAGGGAGUACAUGCAUCACCUGCUCCGCCUGGAGCAUCGUGCUGAGGAGCAGUUCCUGGAGCACUGGCUGAAUCCGCACUGCAAGCCCCACUGCAACAGGAAUGUGAUCCAUCCCGUGUGA